GCUUUCAGUUAUAGCAAUUCAAUCACAAAGACAACACAAAAAAGAAUCUCAGAUCUUAAUGGCUCAACUCCGGCCUUGUCCGGCGAACUCCUUUGUCUUCAAUUCAACUCUCUGUGCCUGCAACCCUGGCUAUGUCCUAAAUUCCACCAGCAGCACUUGCACUCUUUUCAAGGUCGAUGGUAAUCCUUUGACGGUGGAAACUGGGGUUGAUUACUCGCUGAAUUGGCCGGUGACGUUAUUCUCCUUCAAUUCGCUCAAGAAGUUCACUCAAUCGCAGGGGUUGUUUCUCGAGGCCACGCUUUAUAUGCUGCUCAGUUGGUUACUCUUCUGUUUCCUCAUCAGAUUAGGUAAACUUGGUGAUGGAAGGACUCUGUGGUUCCAGAUCAGGUGGUGGAUUAGCCGCUUGGAUUGCUGCUUUGCCACUAGACAUUGGCUGGAUGAUCAGAAGGUAGUUAUGAAGCGGAAAACAGAGCUUGGAGGAACCUUCUCUAUAGCAACUUGGAUACUUUUCAUUGGUUUACUUGCUGCGUUGCUCUACCAGAUUAUUUCUAACAGAAGUGUUGAGGUUCAUAAUGUGAGAGCAAUGAAUUCCCCUGAUUUGAUGUCCUUCAUGAAUGACAUGGAAUUUAAUAUUACUACAAUUUCUAGUAUGAGCUGUUCUAACCUACGGAACCUCAGUACUUUAGUGACUAGAACACCAGGCUUCCUUGAUUACAGAAGUUAUUCUUUGUCAACCUUCGCAAACUAUUCAUGUCAUAAUUCUAGCUUGGGACCAACCGUAACUCUCAAGUGCAACAAUUGUCAGAUAAGUCUAGAUAAUUUGUACAUUUCAUGGCAAUUUGUUGAUAUUCCAAAUGUCCCUGCGACUGCUGUGGGUUUCCAGUUCAAUCUUACUGCAAAGAACCAUGGUGAUAACAAACAUGUCAGCUUCAUCAGUGGCACACUGAAGAACACAAGCAACACAGAUGAUAGGCCGAUUACAUUCAGGGGUGGAAAAGUAAAUAUAUUAAAGUUCAAUUUAUUUCCCCGGUUAUAUCGUAAUCUGCAUGGACUAAAGCUCCUCCAACCUCUAUUUCAUGAAUUUAUUCCGGGUUCAUCUUUUUCUGAAUCAAGUCAGCUCCGAAAUUCACUUGAGAGUUAUGGAGAUGGAUUAAUCAAUACCACUUUGUAUGUCCAUCUUCUCUCUGACUACAUCAUUGAGAUUGACAAUCGACAUAUAUUUGGAAUUGUGAGCUUCCUCGCAGAUCUUGGUGGUCUUUAUGCUAUUAGUAUUGCCAUCUUUUUCUACUGCUUGGUACAAUGUGAGUGCAGGAUAAAGAGGCUCCGUAAUGAAGAUAGUGUGCUGCUGAAUAUUAGAAAUCGAAGAAAAGCUCAAGAUCAUUGGAAUAAGUUGAGGAAAUAUGUAAUGUACACAUGGGGUUCUAGCCAAUUGGAGGAUGAAUACAGUAGUACCAAAAAGGACUCAUGUUGUGGCUGUAUGAUGAUUGAGCAUUCUCGUGGAGAUGGAUCCUCAUCCAAAAAGAAGCAACCUAUCAACAUUGAUACUAUCAGUUUUAACAGAGGAGACCACUUACACAUUGACACGAAUGCCAUUCCUGAAAGCACCCAGACACAAAGAGUCAACUCAUGUUUGGGAGGUGAUACAGAAGAUCUUGAAAGGAAGUCUACAUAUUCAGAGGGUAUACAAGUUCUUGAACAUGAAGAGUCUGGUGCUAAUAGAGAGGGGGAGAACGGAAAUUCAGUUGUUUCUUGUGAGAGAGUUGCUUCUCAGCCUCAAGCAUCUCUUCCUUAUGAUGAUACCCUUCCAGAACCACCUUUGCCAGAAAUCAAGUGUGGUUCUGGAGUUGAUAUAUCAGAUGUUCAAAGGAACCUACAAAAUCUUUACGAAUACAAUGUCUUGUUGAGGAAAAAGUUUGUUGCGGCUCAGUCAAUGCUUCAAGAUUUAGCUGUAAAAUCUGAACACAAUGAUAGCAAAAUAUGAACGUAGCCUGGAGUUAUCUACUUUCAUCUUUUGAUGGAAGGACCUUCGACUAAGGUUCUUUAGGUGAGUGUGCCAAGUGGUUGUUGAAUUUUCUGGUGAUGCUUGUCCCUUCAAAUGGUUCUUUUGUAGAACUAUUUACUGUUGGAGCUAGUUCGUUAUAAUAAUGUGGCAGGAGUUACAAUAGUAAUACUUCUUGAACCCUUCUGUGUAUCAGAAUCAGUUGCACUGAGCCCAAUCAUUUCUUGAGUUGAUGAAGAAAAAUUGGCAGAGUCAGCUGUGUUUCUCCAAGAAAGCUGUGGCCCUUUGGGUGAGCUUGGUUUUAUGGUCAGGGUCUACUUCUGGUCUGAGCUGUACAAGUUUCGCAGAAGCAGAGCCCCAUAUGGUUGCUCCUCCAUUGUUUCUAUUCAUUGAUUGGGUAUAUAUGUUUGAGGAUAGAUGGAGCUAGUCAGCAGUAUUAUGCAAGAACCUUGAUUUGCUGCAACACUAAUUUUCUUGUUGGAGUAUUUUCUCUAAAUGCUGUGUGACAGGUGGGAUGUUUUACAGUCCCAUCUCCGUCUCCACAAAUGAUACAAUGUUCUGAGGUAAAAGUUGUACGAUAUGUUAAGAA